ACCCCGCGGGCAGCGGGAGGAGGAGGAGGAGGAGAAGAAGGGAGAAGGGAGAAGGGAGAAGGGAGAAGGGAGAAGGGAGAAAAAGAAGGGAGGAAGGAAGGAAAGAGCGGCGGGAGCAGCGAUGGAUGCCAUUACUCCCUACAAGGAAAUCCUCCAGAUGUACUGGGAGAAAGUGACAGGCUUUGUGAACGCCCGGUGUGAUGGACUUGAGCCCUGGCAGCUCAUUGGGUUGACAUUUUCUUCCACACUUGCAAGUGUGUGGCUGCAUGGCUUCCUCUGCCAGCCUGAGAGUUUGACAUCCCGAACUAAAAAACAGUUCUUUAAACUGCUGAGAAAAAUGCCAUUUGUUGGGGCUAUAAUCCAAAAGAAGAUUGAUGAAGCCUUGAAUGAUGUCACUUCCAGUUUAUCCUUCCUGAAAGAGGAAAAGGAUUAUAUCAAAGCACUGCCAGAACAAGGCAUGAGCCAGCCUGAAGUGCUGCAGAAGAUGAAAGAGUACAGCUCAAAAGGGGAUGUACGCUGGCAGGAUGGGAAAGUCUCUGGGACUGUGUACAGUGGUGAAGAGAAACUCACCCACCUGCUGGUGAAGGUGUAUGAAGAGUUUGCCUGGAGUAAUCCUCUCCACCCAGAUAUAUUCCCUGGUCUGAGGAAGAUGGAAGCAGAAGUAGUGAGGAUUGCCUGUACGCUCUUCCACGGGGGCCCCAACUCUUGUGGUGCUAUGACAUCUGGGGGGACUGAGAGCAUCCUGAUGGCCUGCAAGGCAUACAGAGACCUGGCUUAUGAGAGAGGCAUCAAACAGCCAGAAAUGUUGGUCCCAGUGAGUGCCCACGCAGCCUUUGACAAGGCAGCACACUACUUUGGGCUGAAGCUGAUCCAAAUACCACUGACCAAGGCUAUGGAAGUGGAUGUUCAGGCAAUGAGGAGAGCUAUCUCGAGGAACACAGCCAUGCUGGUCUGUUCUGCUCCCCAGUUCCCACACGGAAUUAUGGACCCCAUUGAAGAGGUGGCAGAGCUUGCAGUGAAGUACAAAAUCCCCUUCCACGUGGAUGCCUGCCUGGGUGGAUUCCUUAUUGCUUUCAUGGACAAGGCAGGGUUCCCCUUAAAGCGUCCCUUUGACUUCCGUGUGGAAGGUGUGACCAGCAUUUCUGCUGACACCCACAAGUAUGGCUACGCUCCCAAGGGCUCCUCGGUGGUGCUCUACAGUGACAAGGAGUACAGGAAGUACCAGUUCUUCAUAGCCCCAGACUGGCAAGGGGGAAUUUAUGCCUCCCCCUCCGUGGCAGGCUCCAGGCCUGGUGGGAUCAUAGCUGCAUGUUGGGCAACCCUGCUGCACAUUGGAGAGUCGGGCUAUGUUGAGGCUACAAAGAGGAUCAUUAAGACAGCUCGUUUCCUCGAAUCUGAGUUGAGAAAAAUUGACAGCAUCUUCAUUUUUGGGAAGCCAGAGGUGUCUGUCCUCUCCAUUGGCUCGGACACUUUUGACAUCUAUCGAUUAUCAAAUUUUCUAGCUGCAAAAGGAUGGAACUUGAAUGUCCUACAGUUCCCACCAAGCAUCCAUCUCUGCAUCACGCAGCUGCACACGAAGCCCGGCGUGGCCGAGCAGUUCCUGAAGGAUGUCAGGGACAGCAUCCAGGACAUCAUGAAGGACCUCAACGCCAAGACCACCGGCAUGGGAGCCAUCUAUGGAAUGGCACAGUCCGUCCCAGACAGGAGCCUGGUGGCAGAGAUCUCCCAGGCGUACCUGGAUGGCCUCUACAGCACGGAUGUUCCCAGCAGUGAGAAGCACAUGAACGGCUCUCCCGGCCACCGCUGACUGCAGUGCAACAAUCAGUGCCUUGCCAGCCAGCACUGGGGUGGUUCCAAAGGUUUCCUAGGCAAAGAGAUUGCAGUUCCUACAAUUGCAGCUCUGAGGGUGGCUUGAUCUGGAAAAAUUCCCCCCCUGUCUUAGUCUGUUCUGAAAUCUGCAUUGUUUUCAUGGCCAAUUUCAGUUUUAGGGCUUUUCCUCCCUCCCCCCUGCCUGUUCUCAUCAUGGCUGUUGAUGGUGAAUUGAAUGUCCAUUCCACAGCUCUAAAUUCCUCAGGUAUUCUGCAUGUCACUUCAUUCCUCAGUUGUUGUUUCUCCUCAGACCAGUGUCCAGCCAAGUGUUAAAUUUGAGUUCUCACAUUGAGUUCCACAGCUCCAGUCUUCCUGGAAGUUAAUGGUAGACAGCAAAUUGGAAAUUCUGUGUUCUCUUGAGUAUUCCCGUGAGCUGCUGCAUUUAACAGACUGCUGGGAGCCUUAUAUCUGUGUAAUGCAGAGCUGAUAAAUUGGCAGAGGGAAGGUAGUCACUGCCUCCUUUUGAAAUCCCCUCUGGGGAUCUCAGUGAGGCUGCAAUCAAUAUCUGCUGAGGGGGAGGAAAAAAAGCAACACAAAAUCCUUUUCUGGAAUCUCUUGAACAACAGCAGAAAUAGAAACCAAGCAGCUGGUGUAGGGAGAGGAACUGGAUGGUACUGAAAACCCCAGGUACAUCGUGGCUGUUUUGCUCCCCUGCUUCUUGUAGAAGACAUGCAUUGACCACCCAGGAGUGCUGUUUUCCCUUGCACAAAUCUAGAGGGAGGUGCAGAGCUCAUUUCACUGUUCAGAACUUGAAGGUUUUACACUGUCCCCUCACGAUGCUGUAGCAGAGCCAGGCCCUGGCCCGUGUCACAGCCAGGGACGUCGCGCAGACGGUUUUUUUAACCACGGUCUUUUAGU